CAAUGGUGAUCUACUGCAUGUGAGGCAGGGAAUGAAUGGGAGAUGCAGGAUGCGGAAAACUACGCUUUCAACGCUUGCCCCACCGUCGAGCGUACCCCGCGAUGCACCACUUCUAGUUUACUUAUGCCAUGGACGAGGAUACGUAUGGGACGUUGACACCGCACUGGCGUUGCGUACCCGCUAUCAUAUCGUAGGAGCGCUGGUGGGGACUCUACCUCGGCUUCCGAUGCAGAAUACCUUCUUUUCCCUUCCCCUAGUGCUGCUGAGCGAAGAGAUCACCGUUCUACUGGAAAGAGGGCUCAUUCGUAUAGUUGACGAUUCUCGAGGGCACCUUAUACCGCUAACAGAAGAGAUUGAGCAAUGGGCCGCGAAACGAGAAGCUGACAGCAUAGAGUACGCGAAUGCCAAGAAGCUGGCUGCCGAAAAAACCCAAAAAGCCAUGAAAGCUGCAUAUGCAACCUCGCCGAGACAAAAGAGGAAAAAAGGACGCGGGAUGCAGGAAGAUGUUGAAUCGGUGGCGGGCGUUGUCGAAAAUCCCACUGCGGUAUCAGAUGAAGAUACGUUGGACGGAUCGGGAUUUACCAGUACGACCGAUGGUGAGGCGCAUACUAUCCCCUCAUUGGACGCUCUGCAACACUUGUUCACCCCAAAAUCGACGGACGCUAAGACAAUAGCAGAGCCGAGCAGCUCGGACCAUCACCGUGAUCAACUCAAAGUUUCUAUUGAGCCAACAGACACUGCCAACUCUAAUCCUCUAACUCCAAUAACGGACUUAUGUCGGUCACUGGAAAAGCUGGACUUGCAACCUACGAUAGAGGACGAUAGGUCAAGAAGUGUUUCGGGAUCAGAAGGGCGAUCUGAUGAUGGGGAUCGAACUUCCGAUGUCCGACACGAUGAACCCUUGCAUGUUGAUCGGAUUGUCCCACCGGAACCAACAAAACCCGCCACACCGCCUUUGCCACCACUUCCUAUAUCUACACCCACUUCGUCCGCUACCCUGCCCUGGUUUGCCAGGUCCAACCCUGAGCGAUCGAGUCUAGAUUUUGCUCAAGCCCGUCUAACUGGCCUGUGGCAGUAUCCGUCAACAGCAGAGGAGAGGCUACGAUAUAAAGUAUUCUGCGCUCUCUGGGAAAAAGGAUACUUUAUAACAACUGGCAGCAAGUUUGGAGGCGAUUACUUGAUGUACCCAGGUGAUCCUCUACGAUUCCAUUCUCACUACGUCACAUCUAUUGUGCCUAUUGAUAAAUUGUUUUCUCCGCUUGAUGCUGUAAUGUUUGGGCGGUUGGGUACAACGGUGAAGAAGUCGCAUGCAGUGUGCUCGUGGGAUGACGAGAAAGAUGAGUUGGUUUGCGUAUGUAUACAGUGGACUGGGUGGAAUUAG